AUGAGUGGCAUAAAGCAGCCCGAAGUCGACUCAGCCGAGCAGUUUAGUCGUCGAGAUCUCUUCAGCUUUGUGCGCAACGUCAUGCGUGUGGCUGGGAUGCAUCCUUUGGGAGCGGAAACUGGCGGCACAAAGAGCUGCCUGCACUACUUACUAGGGCUCUGCGAUGUUAUCUACGAGCUGUUCAACUACUUUGUGUGUGUGCACAUUGAGUGCUUAUAUAUUUGCACAAUAUACAUUUACUACAGCACAGGUGAUUUGGAGUUUUUGGUCAAUUGUUUGAUACAAACGGUCAUUUAUCUGUGGACCUUUGCCAUGAAGUUAUACUUUCGACGCAUACAACCAAAGCUGCUCAAGCAGCUAAUUGAGUUUAUUAACUUGAAAUAUUGCACACGCUCGGCACCGGGAUUUACAUAUGUAACCAUGAAGGGCGCCUUGCGUCAGUCAAAUCUCUGGAUCAAAACAUAUGUCUACUGCUGUUUUAUAGGCACUAUAUUCUGGCUAGCACUGCCCUUGGCUUAUGGCGAUAGAAGCUUACCGCUGGCCUGCUGGUAUCCUUUUGAUUAUACACAACCGUUUGUCUAUGAGCUGGUGUUCUUUCUACAAGCCGUGGGACAGAUACAAGUGGCGGCAGCCUUUUCAGCUUCAAGUGGCUUUCACAUGGUUUUGGGCAUUUUGUUAGCAGGACAGUAUGAUAUUUUAUUUUGCAGUCUCAAAAAUGUGCUUGCCACCAGCUAUUUGGAGAUGGGCGCUAAUAUGGCAGAGCUGCGCCAACUACAAGCUGCACAAGCAGUGGCUGAUGCGGAGCUUAAUCAAUACAACUAUUCACAGGAACAACAGACUACGCUAACAGAACUUGCAGCGCUCAUAGGUCCAGGUGAAAAUAGAAACUUCCAAAUUGCAUUUAAAAGCGCUUUUGGUCGCUGCUUGCAUUUGCAUCGUUAUAUUAUCAAAGCGCUUUAUAAAAUGGAGCGCUUCUACAAUCCCAUUUGGUUGUUCAAGAUUGGCGAGGUGACAUUUCUGAUGUGCCUGGUCGCUUUUACGUACACCAAAAGCACCAACGCCAACUCAUUCAUGCGCAUGGUAGUCCUGGGACAGUAUUUGCUGCUAGUGCUCUAUGAGCUCUUCAUUAUCUGCUACUUUGCCGAUGUGGUCUACCAGAACAGCGUGCGUUGCGGUGAGGCGCUGUGGCGCAGUCCUUGGCAGUUGCAUAUGCGCGAAAUACGCAGCGAUUACAUGUUCUUCAUGUUGAAUGCACGCAGACAGUUUCGGCUGACUGCUGGCAAAAUUUAUAAUUUGAAUGUGGAUCGCUUUAGGGGCACAAUUACCACCGCCUUUUCAUUUUUAACCUUGCUGCAGAAAAUGGACGCACGUGCCUAA